CUAAUAAAGUCUGCAUCUCCAUUUCUAUUCUCUCUUUCCUCUCUCUCUAAAACCCAAUCUCUCUCAUCAGAUCUCGACCUAAUUCCACCAAUGGCGUCCCCAACCCCACGCGAGGAAAACGUGUACAUGGCGAAACUCGCCGAGCAGGCCGAGCGCUACGAAGAGAUGGUGGAGUUCAUGGAGAAGGUCUCCUCCGCCGCCGACGAAUCCGAGGGCCUCACCGUGGAGGAGCGCAACCUCCUCUCGGUGGCCUACAAGAACGUGAUCGGCGCACGCCGUGCCUCGUGGCGGAUCAUAUCGUCGAUCGAGCAGAAGGAGGAGUCCCGCGGCAACGCCGAUCACGUUGCAAUCAUCAAGGACUACCGUGGUAAGAUCGAGGCCGAGCUAUCGUCGAUCUGCGACGGCAUUCUGAAGCUGCUCGAUGCGAAGCUGAUCCCUUCGUCGGCCGGUGGUGACUCGAAGGUCUUCUUCUUGAAGAUGAAGGGGGAUUAUCAUAGGUAUUUGGCGGAGUUCAAGACCGGAAGUGAGAGGAAGGAGGCCGCCGAAAAUACGCUCAACGCCUAUAAAGCCGCGCAGGAUAUAGCAAAUGCAGAUUUGGCUCCAACUCAUCCAAUUCGGCUUGGACUGGCUCUUAACUUCUCAGUGUUUUACUAUGAAAUCUUGAAUUCACCUGAUCGAGCUUGUAAUCUUGCAAAACAGGCUUUCGAUGAAGCCAUUGCUGAACUGGAUACACUGGGAGAGGAUUCAUACAAGGAUAGCACUUUGAUAAUGCAACUUCUUCGUGAUAAUCUGACUUUGUGGACCUCAGACAUGCAGGAUGAAGGGGGAGAUGACAUCAAAGAAGCACCCAAGCGCGAGGAUGAGCAGCAGUGAAGUCGCUUGUUUUCAUAUUAGUACUUCACUUCCUCUGUUUUUUAUUGGAGAAGCUGUCUCGUCCCUUUAUCCAUUUCGUUAAGUUAAUUCCUUGAUUGUGAAACCUUGGAGUUACUGAAUUAUCUUAGUUUCCCAUUCUGAUCUCAAUCCCCCCUCCAAAUCUCUUCUGGUGCAUGAAGUUCCCUUUUUUCCCGCAGCUGAAAACACGAAUACUCCAUUUUGCUUGCUCUUAAUAUUCUGUCCGUUGGGUACAAACAGUGUUGGAAAUUUGGAACCAUGUAUCCUCUGGCUUAACUGUGUGACAAAAUGUGUGCUCGAAAUAAAAUGGAGCAUACCUAUUUGUUCUGAUA